UGAAGGAGAGGCGGCGACAAAUCAGAUCCUACCUUGGAUGUGGCGUGUAGCAGAAGUUUCUGCAGUUGCAUACUUUUUCAAACAAAAAACAGUCGCCGUUUUGUGCUGCCUGCGAAACUUCAAAGGAAGUACGUAUUUUCCGAAUACCCCCAGUUAGCGAAACUUGGUGGUCGCGGGAAGCAAGAAGAGGGAAUUCGAGGGUUUUUGUGAAGAACGCAAGCACAAGGAAAGAAAGGAAGAUACGCCCUCGGCAACUUGGCCACCCAUUUAAUUCUGUUCUGCAUAUGUGGGAGGAGAAAUCCAGGUGAUGGGAUUACCUGGUUUCGGAAUUAAAUGUUAAUAGAGGCGGUUGUGGGGGCGGCGAGGGAGACGGAGGGAGCCGACUUUUGGUUUUGUUUUUGGUGGCGAGACUUUGCUGGAGGGAGAGCCGAAGAUGUCCCUUUGGGUGAUUUUACCUGUCAGCCUGCCUGUCUUUACGAUCACUGGAAUAUGGGUCGUAUAUGCCAUGGCCUUGUACAACAUGCACAUUUGUCCUGUGGAUAACUGGGUGUAUAAUGAGUCCUGUGAGGAGAAGCUGUCCCUACAGACGGGUCCUGUGCUCUGCUGCACUCUGGACAAUGUGCCUCUUAUCAGUAAGUGUGGCACCCUGCCUCCAGAGAGCUGUUUCUUCAGUCUGAUCUGCAGCACGGGCUCCUUCAUGGUGAUGGUGAUCGGCCUGCUGCGUUACGGUCUCGUCGUGGAGAAGCACCAGAACUGCGUGCUGAACACGGCCGGGCUCUCCACCGGCUGGAUCUGUGCUGCCGGCCUCAUCAUGGUGGGAAACUUCCAGGUGGACUUUGCCAAGAUCCUGCACUACGUGGGCGCGGGGGUGGCCUUCCCCACCAGCAUGCUGUUUGUGUGCCUGCAGUCUGCGCUGACCUACCGUCUGGCCAAGACGCAGUGGGAGUACUGCGUGGGUCACCUGCGGCUUGCCCUGACGCUGCUGGCCUUCAUCUCCCUGGUGCUCAGCGGCGUCUUCUUCGCCCAGGAGAGCUACGUGCUGCAGCACGCCUCGGCCAUCUUCGAGUGGCUCUUCUGCAUCAUCAUCAUGCUGUUCUACGGGACGUUCGCCUUCGAGUUCGGCGGCGUGUCCUGCGAGACCCUGAUGGUGCUGGCCAGGGGUGCGGGGGCGCAGCAGGGCCUCUCCCGCGGGGGCAGUGGGCACAAGACGGAGGGCAUGGGGGGUCCGGGGCCCCUCCAGCACACGCCCGAGGGCAUAUCCAUGCUGUAA